AUGCUACAAAGAAUAAACGUAGUGCGUCUUGCUGUGUCACCUUGUAAGAGACACUUUUCGAAGUCGACAGCAUCAUUCGGACAACGAAAGAAUAGUGCUUUCACCAAUAGGGCUAGAAUUCCCAUAGAGGCAGGCCAGCCUUUGCACGAGACAAGACCGUUUCUCAUCAAGGCAGGUGAGCUAACACCAGGUAUUCCAGCUUUAGAGUAUUAUGAAAGAAGAAUCAGGCUGGCGGAAAUUUUACCGUCCAAAAGUUGUGUGAUUCUAGCUGGUAACGAUAUCCAGUUUGCAUCUGGUGCAGUAUUUUAUCCGUUCCAACAAGACAACGACUUGUUUUAUCUUAGUGGGUGGAACGAACCUAAUUCAGUCAUGAUUUUGGAAAAGCCAACGGACGAUUUAAGUGAUACAGUUUUCCACAUGUUGGUUCCACCAAAGGAUGCGUUUGCUGAAAAGUGGGAGGGAUUUAGGUCUGGUGUUCAUGGUGCUCAAGAGAUUUUCAAUGCUGACAAAUCCGCUCCAAUCAAUGAUUUGUCUAAAUAUUUGCCCAAAAUAAUCAACAGAAAUGAUUCCAUUUACUUUGACAUACUAUCUACUCCUAAUUCAGGUUCAUCCAACUACAAGCACAUUAAAAGCUUGCUAGAUGGCAGUGGAAGUAGUAACCGAUCGUUGAAUUCCAUAGCGAACAAAAACAUCAAGCCUGUUAGCAAAAGAAUUGCCGAAUUUCGUAAGAUCAAAUCUCCUCAAGAAUUGAGAAUUAUGAGAAGAGCGGGCCAAAUAUCAGGAAGAUCAUUUAAUCAAGCCUUUGCCAAAAGAUUCAGGAAUGAAAGAACUCUAGAUUCCUUUCUUCAUUACAAGUUUGUAUCCGGUGGUUGUGAUAAGGACGCUUACAUCCCCGUGGUUGCCACGGGUUCGAAUUCCUUGUGUAUUCAUUACACAAGAAACGAUGACGUGAUGUAUGAUGAUGAGAUGGUUCUUGUUGACGCAGCUGGCUCCUUGGGUGGAUAUUGCGCAGAUAUCUCGAGAACGUGGCCUAAUAAUGGGAAGUUCACUGGUGCGCAAAAAGAGCUUUACGAAGCUGUAUUGAAUGUUCAGCGCGGCUGCAUUGAUCUUUGUAAAGCAAGCAACAACUUUUCUCUGCACGACAUUCAUGAAGAGAGUAUUAGGUUGAUGAAACAAGAAUUGAAAAACUUAGGUAUAGAUAAAGUUUCUGGCUGGAACGUAGAAAAAUUGUACCCCCAUUACAUUGGCCACAAUUUAGGUUUGGACGUCCACGAUGUCCCUAAAGUUUCCAGAUACGAACCAUUGAAGCCCGGCCAAGUGAUUACUAUCGAACCGGGUUUGUAUAUUCCUGAUGACGAAUCAUUCCCAUCUUAUUUUAGGAAUAUUGGAAUAAGAAUUGAAGAUGAUAUAGCUGUUGGUGAAGACAGUUAUACUAACUUGACAGUUGAAGCAGUGAAGGAGAUUGAUGACUUGGAAAAUGUUAUGCAAAAUGGCGUCUCCACUAAAUUUGAAGAAGAUGAAGUGACCUCACUGUAA